UGGUGUUUUAGCAGGAUUGAUGGGAAGAAACUGCAGUUAAAAUCGUAAAAGAGGAGACUGCUACUAUCACGUAUCACUUUACACUAUAACAGUGCAUCGUUUUAAACACGUUAUAGAUUAGGAUUUUUUUUAAACAUUCUUUGCUUAACCUCUUUUGUUGGGGGGGAAAAAAUACAGCAACAUUCUUUCAACUUUUUUUUUUUUGCUAAUAAUUAUUUAUUCGCACUGAUCAUAGUGCUGUUGGGGGUGAAGAUGGGAUUGCCUGCUUUGGAGUUCAGUGACUGUUACCUGGACAGCCCACAGUUCAGGGAAAGGUUGAAAUCCCACGAACUGGAAUUGGAUAAGACUAACAAGUUUAUCAAGGAGCUGAUCAAAGAUGGGAAGGCACUCGUCCAAUCACUGAACAAUAUGUCAUCAGCGAAGAGAAAGUUUGCUGAAUCUCUAAAUGAAUUCAAGUUUCAGUGUAUAGGAGAUGCAGAGACUGAUGAUGAAAUAUGUAUUGCGAGGUCGCUGCAGGAGUUUGCAGGGGUGUUAAAGAAUCUGGAAGACGAGAGGACACGGAUGAUUGAGAAUGCCAGUGAUGUGUUGAUCACACCGCUAGAGCGGUUCCGCAAGGAGCAGAUUGGAGCGGCGAAGGAAGCAAGAAAAAAGUAUGACAAGGAAACAGAAAAAUACUGCAGCGUCUUGGAGAAGCACCUAAACCUGUCUUCCAAGAAAAAAGAAUCGCACCUCCUUGAGGCAGACACUCAGGUGGAUCACGUCCGUCAGCAUUUCUACGAAGUGUCUCUGGAGUACGUGUUCAAAGUGCAGGAGGUCCAGGAGAGGAAGAUGUUUGAGUUUGUUGAGCCUUUGCUGGCUUUCCUGCAAGGGCUCUUUACGUUUUAUCACCAUGGCUAUGAACUGGCAAAGGACUUUAGCCACUUCAAGACUGAGUUAACCAUCAGCAUCCAAAAUACCAGGAAUCGUUUUGAAGGGACGAGGUCGGAGGUGGAGUGCCUGAUGAAGAAGAUGAAGGAGAACCCAGAUGAACACAAGACCAUCAGCCCCCACACCAUGCAGGGCUACCUGUUUGUGCAGGAGAAGCGUUCCUUUGUGUCCACGUGGGUGAAGCAUUACUGCACUUACCAAAGAGAGCCCAAGCGGGUCACUAUAGUGCUGUUUGAUCAGAAAUCCGGAGGGAAAGUGGGAGAAGAAGAAACGUUUAUUUUGAAGUCCUGCACUCGCAGGAAGUCCGACUCCAUUGAGAAAAGGUUCUGCUUUGAUGUGGAGGCAGUGGAUCGGCCUGGAGUGAUCACCAUGCAGGCUCUCUCAGAAGAAGACCGGAGACUCUGGAUGGAAGCUAUGGAUGGUAGAGAGCCGGUUUACAACUUGAACAGAGACAAUCAGAGUGAAGGCACUGCUCAGUUGGAUAGCAUCGGCUUUAAUAUUAUAAAGAAAUUCAUUCAUGCUGUGGAGACAAGAGGAAUCAACGAGCAAGGGCUGUACAGAAUAGCUGGUGUCAGCUCCCGAGUGCAGAAGCUGCUGGGCUUGCUGAUGGAUUCCAAAACAUCACCAGAAGUGGAUGUGGACAGCGCCGCGGAAUGGGAGAUCAAAACAGUCACCAGUGCGCUGAAGCACUAUCUAAGAAUGUUGCCUGGACCUCUCAUGACAUACCAGUUUCAAAGAAGCUUCAUCAAAGCAGCCAAACUGGACAAUCAAGAGGCCAGGAUCUCGGAGAUCCACAGCAUUAUUCAUAGACUCCCUGAGAAGAACAGACAGAUGUUGGACUUGCUUAUGAAGCACUUGGCAAAUGUGGCGAACAAUCACCAGGAGAACCUGAUGACAGUGGCCAACCUAGGGGUGGUGUUUGGACCAACCUUGCUGCGGCCCCAGGAGGAGACUGUGGCGGCCAUCAUGGACAUUAAGUUCCAGAACAUAGUCGUUGAGAUCCUGAUCGAGAACCACGAGAAGAUUUUUAACAGCGUGCCCGAGUCUGCAGCGGUGCAGCCGAAUUUACAGCUGAACUCCCGUCGGCGGAGCGCAGAAUGCAAGCCCCCCUCCUGCAGCGAGAGACCCCUCACCCUGUUCCACACCACCCCCACCAUCGACAAGCCGGAAAAGAGAAACAGAGUUUUGAACUCCAGUGCAGAGUCCAUCCUGACCAACAUCUCUGUGAACUCCAUCAGCACUCCUCAGCCCAACCUCAACAGCCUGAUCUGCAGUGAUUCUGACCUGCAGACAGUGGUGGCGAAGCAGAGCAGGCCUAACUCCUUGAUUCUGUGGUCAAAUUACGCCACGCUCUCAGCAGCAUUCCUCAAGAGAUUGAAUCCCAAAAGCAGAUCAAGCAUUCCAACAAGCCCGGCAUCUCCCAGCCCCACGUCUCCACGAUCCCCCUCCUGGCCGAUGUUCUCUGCGCCAUCCAGCCCCGUGCCGGCCUCCUCCACCUCCAGCGACUCCUCCCCCGUCAGCCCAACACUCCGGAAGGCUCGAGCUCUCUAUGCCUGUAAAGCGGAACACGGCUCUGAACUGUCUUUCAUUGCCGGCACUAUAUUUGAUAACGUUCAUCCAUCACGUGAACCAGGGUGGCUGGAAGGCAUGUUGGAAGGGAAGACGGGAUUAAUACCUGAAAACUACGUGGAGUUUUUAUAGCCAGAGGCAGCGGGUGACACGCGCCCCCCCCCCCUUUUUCAGCUUUUGAACCUUAUUGAAGAGUGCUGUUAUUCCUAAUGGUUGUACCUGCAGGGUGUCUUGCCACCUUAUUGGCUGACGAGUAUGUCACACUUGACUCUGACAGGUGGGCUUAGUUUUAGAUACAGAGUGGCCUGAUGGCUCAAUUUGUUGAUGCUUUCUGAUUGCCUCCUGUCAGUCAGGUAGACAUCAUCGGCGUCUCUGAAUAACUGAAAUAGACACUUGUAAGAUAGGAACAAAACCCUACUGAAAUAUGAUGACCUGCUGAAAUAAGACAAUUUUAAAUAUUUGGCUUGGUCUUUUAAAAGGACAGAGCUUGUCUUAAAAUUUGCAGUAAAGGAGUCUGGUAUAGAAGGGUUAAAGUUGUUUUUUGUGUGUAUGUGUGUGUUUUUAUAUGCUGAGCUUUCACAGUCAUUUCCGUCGCUGGGUUUGUUCAUUUGUAAUUCUAAGAAUAUUCUCUUGAAGCUCUUAGUAUUAAAUGUAAUGUAGGCUAUGGUUGGGAACAGUUCAGAGGAGGCCAUUUUAAAGACACACACAGGAUACUGGAACCAUUUUAAAGUCAUAUUUUUUCCAUGUGAGCUUUUGUUUUAAAACCAGGAAAAUCAUUCUCUUUAAGGAAUUUGUUUUGUGGAAGUGGCUGACAAUGUGAAAUCGUACUCCUGAAGUAAUGUGGAAUCGCUCGCUUAUUUAUGAAGCUGUAAUUAUCAUUUUAAAGGAUGCAUUGGGGAGGAAAUGGCUUUUUUUGGGGGGAUGGGGAGGAUACAAUUUAGAUUGUAAAUAAGUAAUGAUUCUUUUCCUAAGAAAUUUUUAUAUUUUUAUAGUAGAUAUACUAACUUUAUUCUUUAGCAUUUUAGUUUUAUGUAAAUAGCUUCCUUUUUAAUUGUAAUUUUGUGUUUAAGUCCACUUAAAUGCUGCCUUAUUAAUAAUUCUGAUUGAGAUAAAGUGAUGGGUUUUAGACUGGAAGAUGAACAAACUUGGUGUAUAUUACACUGGAGUCUAUACUGACCAAGGGAUAGAUCCUACAAAAGAACAGCACUAACAUUGUUUAACUGAAACAUGAAACAUGUGGCACACAAACCAUACAAGAGUUUAUAUGUGCAUUUUAGACAGGCCAUUUUGUUCCCAACAGAUGCAUGCAAUUGAUGAGUACAGACGUACAUUUUAAAUCUUAAGACUCACUCAGGUAUUAUUUAACUUGGUGGACAUGUUUAAAAGGAUGAUUUUCAGGUCUUGGGUUUGUGAAUCAUUGAUCGUCUGACAUAUGAUUUGAAACAAUCGGUGACUGCUCCACCUAAGAUUAAUCCUUGGAAAAGAAAUCUUGUUUUUAUAGUAUAAAAAAAAAAGACAAAGUUGUUUUAGAUUACUACGGUAUAUAAUAUUAAGAAGUGAAAUGCAGACGUUACUAUAUGUCUACAAGUCUUAAGCAGUCUUUGUUCCCCACGUGUUAACCCACGUAUAAAUGCAGUGACAGGCAAGGGAAUAUAUAUAUAUAUAUAUAUAUAUAUAUAUAUAUAUAUAUAUAUAUAUAUAUAUAUAUAUGCGCCUCAUCUUUACAUUGAAAACUAAUGAGAUCACUCACUGGAAAGCACAGCAGGCUUUAUCUAAAUUACGCUCCCCAUGCCUAAGCAGUAGCUUUCAUUCUGUGCACUGAACCAAAUGUGAUACGUCAUCUUGUUUACCACAUGAACAAACUGCUGUUUUAGAUGCAACAGUAAUUCAAUCCAUUUAUACAGCAUUACUGCCUUAAAUCAUCUUCAUGAUGGUAUCUGACUGCAGGCCUGUACAUGUCAAUCUACUGAUAUACUGGUACAUUGGUCAUGCAUUUUGGUUUUAAAUAAUCGCUUUGUAGGUGGUAGAGGUUUCUGGUAUAUCGGGUCUGUAUUUCUAUUACAGUUUGUGCUUGCUUGUUCUGGCAUGUCUUCCAAUAGCCCUACAUGUGGUGUUGCUAAAGGAAAAAUUGAUUUUAACAAUACGUAGGUCCAAGACUGUCACCAGAGGUGGCAACUAAAGCUACUGGCUCCUAUACAUUUUAAUCAGUACUGGCAAUAUUAGACCAGCUCACAAAAAAACACACACACAAAAAAAAGAGAGUGGUUUUAUUUACAUUUUUUUUUAGUACUAGUUAACAUUUUAUAUCCAUUAUAUUUGGGAUACAAACUUCUGCCAGAAUGCUAUUACACAUAUUAAUGUAAUCUUAAAUUGUCAACUGCUACAUGUUUCAUGUUUAGUUCAAUGAAGGGGUUGUUCUGGUUAUCACUUGAGCUCCAAACUGAAGUUUUUACCAUUUUGUGUUUCUGAUUUUAUUGUUUUUUAAGGGAUUUAUAAAGGCACUGAUUCUUAAUGUAGUCUUUGUAAAUAGUGCAGAUAAUCGCGCCAUUUAAUGGAGAUUUUUUUUGGGUGCCAUACAUUUAUUGCAUAGAAGAAUAAAAUAUUUUGAUCUGA